GUCUGGCCUUUUGUUGUCGCACAAACCGUCGGCGGAUGUUUUCUAUGAAAACGAAACCUCACUGGAUGUGACAUAGUGGAGAGGAAGGCAUUGCUCAAUCGGCGUCUAGCCUCAGUCAUCCACAAGCGGUAUUCUUGCUAGUUGCUGAUCUGUGGAGCUACGGUUGAGGUUGAGCUUUACACACGCAACGCUGGAAAAAUGAUCACAAACAUCAGAGAUUAACUAUAACUCAUCUUGCAGAUAUUCACGAGAGGCAUCAUGCGACUAACGAAGCUCCAAACGCUUCUCUUGUGUAUGAUGUCUGACUUUUUCACUGCAAGGACCCAAGUUCCUCCAGGUUGGUGGACGACCGAAACACCUCAGGAAGUCACCAGCCAAGAUUGGUCGACCAUCGAAACGCCACAAGAGUCCACAACCUCAGGUUGGUGGGCAACCCAAACGCCACAGGAGUUCACCAAUCCAGAAAACAUCGUCCACAUCAUCAAUGGAAACGACAGUGUUGAGAUAACUUCACCUUCCUAUCCAAGCAACUAUCCCAACAACGUCGUCAGGGCUUGGAUCAUCCAGUGUGAAGAGGGACAGAGGGUUCGUGUCACCUUCUCCAGCUUUAAAACUGAGCGAAACUAUGAUUAUUUCCGGGCUGGUGAUGGUGGCGAUAUUGCCAGCGGCCAGUUUUUCGUUUGGCACGGAUUUAAACAAGCACCUGAUCUGAUCUCUUCUGGAAAUGAAAUGUGGCUGAGAUUCACGUCAGACGGAAGUGUGACUUACAGCGGGUUUUCGUUGUGGGCUUUCUGCAUUCAAUCACCUGAGAAUCUGAUUUGUGGAGGGAAUGAGUUUGAUUGUGGACAUUCUGUAUGCAUCGAUGGUUCUUGGCGGUGUGAUUCUCAGACAGACUGUAUUAAUGGAAGCGAUGAAGUCAAUUGCAGCAGUCAUGCGGAAAGCAUCUUCUAUAUCGUCAAUGGAAACGACAGUGUUGAGAUAACUUCACCUUCCUAUCCAAGCAACUAUCCCAACAACGUCGUCAGGGCUUGGAUCAUCCAGUGUGAAGAGGGACAGAGGGUUCGUGUCACCUUCUCCAGCUUUAAAACUGAGCGAAACUAUGAUUAUUUCCGGGCUGGUGAUGGUGGCAAUAUUGCCAGCGGCGAGUUUUUCGUUUGGCACGGAGGAAAAGAAGCACCUAAUCUGAUCUCCUCUGGAGAUCAAAUGUGGCUGAGAUUCACGUCAGACGGAAGUGUGACUUACAGCGGGUUUUCGUUGUGGGCUUCAUGCAUUCCAUCAACGGACAAUCCGCCUUGUGGAGGAAAUGAGUUUGACUGUGGACAUUCUGUAUGCAUCAAUGGUUCUUGGCGGUGUGAUUAUCAGACAGACUGUAUCAAUGGAAGUGAUGAAGUCAACUGCAGCAGUUUUGAACCUGCCACGUAUAGUCCAAACGUUACCUACUGUUACAAUGGAACAUCUAUUCCUACUUCCUGGUGGUGUAAUGGAUAUUGGGACUGCCCUGACGGAAGUGAUGAACUCUACUGCGAUAAUUGGACAACCGAAGCGCCACAGAAUUUCACCAGCCCAGAACCUACGCCGUACAGUCCAAAUGUGACUUACUGUUACGAUGGGAUGGCCAUUCCUAGUUCCUGGUGGUGUAAUGGAUAUUGGGACUGCUAUGACUGGAGCGAUGAACUCUACUGCGAUUCUCAAACAACCGAUACACCGCAGCAGUCCACCAACCAAGGUUCCCCGUCUACUGCUGUUGUUGAUCAGCAAAGUACGGCCCAAGGAGAAGUCACAACAAAAGGUUCUCCGUCUACCCCUAUGGUUGAUCAGCAAAGUACGACUCAAGGACAAGGCACACCUCAAGGUUCCCCGUCUACUUCUCUUGUUGAUCAGCAAAGUCCGAAUCAAGGAGAAGUCACACCUCAAGGUUCUCCGUCUACCUCUGUUGUUGAUCAGCAAAGUCCGACUCAGGGAGAAGUCACACCUCAAGGUUCCCCGUCUACUCCUCUUGUUGAUCAGCAAAGUACGACUCAAGGAGAAGUCACACCUCAAGGUUCUCCGUCUACCCCUGUUGUUGAUCAGCAAAGUACGACUCAAAAACAAGUCACACCUCAAGGUUCUCCGUCUACUCCUGUUGUUGAUCAGCAAAGUACCACUCAAGGAGAAGUCACACCUCAAGGUUCUCCGUCUACUCCUGUUGUUGAUCAGCAAAGUACCACUCAAGGAGAAGUCACACCUCAAGGUUCUCUGUCUACCCCUCUUGUUGAUCAGCAAAGUCCGACUCAAGGAGAAGUCACACCUCAAGAUUCCCCGUCUACAGCCGUUGUUGAUCAGCAAAGUACCACUCAAGGAGAAGUCACACCUCAAGGUUCUCCGUCUACUUCUGUUGUUGAUCAGCAAAUUACCACUCAAGGAGAAGUCACAACAAAAGAUUCCCCGUCUACUCCUGUUGUUCAUCAGCAAAGUACCACUCAAGGACAAGUCACACCUCAAGAUUCCCCGUCUAUUCCUGUUGUUGAUCAGCAAAGUACCACUCAAGGAGAGGUCACAACAAAAGGUUCUCCGUCUACCCCUGUUGUUGAUCAGCAAAGUACCACUCAAGGAGAAGUCACACCUCAAGAUUCCCCGUCUACCCCUGUUGUUGAUCAGCAAAGUACGACUCAAGGAGAAGUCACACCUCAAGGUUCUCCGUCUACUCCUGUUGUUGAUCAGCAAAGUACAGCUCAAGGACAAGGCACACCUCAAGGUUCUCCGUCUACUCCUGUUGUUGAUCAGCAAAGUACCACUCAAGGAGAAGUCACACCUCAAGGUUCUCCGUCUACUCCUGUUGUUGAUCAGCAAAGUACCACUCAAGGAGAAGUCACACCUCAAGAUUCCCCGUCUACAGCGGUUGUUGAUCAGCAAAGUACAGCUCAAGGAGAAGUCACACCUCAAGGUUCUCCGUCAACUUCUGUUGUUGAUCAGCAAAGUACCCCUCAAGGAGAAGUCACACCUCAAGGUUCUCCGUCUACCCCUGUUGUUGAUCAGCAAAGUACCACUCAAGGAGAGGUCAUACCUCAAGGUUCUCCGUCUACUCCUGUUGUUGAUCAGCAAAGUACCACUCAAGGAGAAGUCACAACAAAAGGUUCUCCGUCUACUUCUGUCGUUGAUCAGCAAAGUACCACUCAAGGAGAGGUCACAACAAAAGGUUCUCCGUCUACCCCUGUUGUUGGUCAGCAAAGUACCACUCAAGGAGAAGUCACAACAAAAGGUUCUCCGUCUACUCCUGUUGUUGAUCAGCAAAGUACCACUCAAGGAGAAGUCACACCUCAAGAUUCCCCGUCUACAGCUGUUGUUGAUCAGCAAAGUACAGCUCAAGGAGAAGUCACACCUCAAGGUUCUCCGUCUACUUCUGUUGUUGAUCAGCAAAGUACCACUCAAGGAGAAGUCACAACAAAAGAUUCCCCGUCUACUCCUGUUGUUGAUCAGCAAAGUACCACUCAAGGAGAAGUCACACCUCAAGGUUCUCCGUCUACCCAUGUUGUUGAUCAGCAAAGCACAGCUCAAGGACAAGGCACACCUCAAGAUUCCCCGUCUACUCCUGUUGUUGAUCAGCAAAGUACCACUCAAGGAGAAGUCACACCUCAAGAUUCCCCGUCUACUCCUGUUGUUGAUCAGCAAAGUACCACUCAAGGAGAAGUCACAACAAAAGGUUCUCCGUCUACUUCUGUUGCUGAUCAGCAAAGUACCACUCAAGGAGAAGUCACACCUCAAGAUUCCCCGUCUACAGCUGUUGUUGAUCAGCAAAGUACAGCUCAAGGAGAAGUCACACCUCAAGGUUCUCCGUCUACCCCUGUUGUUGAUCAGCAAAGUACGACUCAAGGACAAGGCACACCUCAAGCAGAAAGCAUCCUCCAUAUCAUCAAUGGAAGUGACAGUGUUCAGAUAACCUCACCUUUUCAUCCAAGCAACUAUCCCAACAAGGUCAACAUGACUUGGAUCAUCCAGUGUGGAGAGGGACAGAGGGUUCGUGUCACCUUCUCCAGCUUUAAAACUGAGCGUAACUAUGAUUACUUCCGUGCUGGUGACGGUGGCAAUAUUGCCACUGGCGAGUUCUUUGCUUGGCACGGAGGUAAAGAGGCACCUGAUCUGAUCUCCACCGGGACUGAAAUGUGGUUGAGAUUCACGUCAAACGGAAACGUGACUGACAUGGGGUUUUCACUGUGGGCUUCAUGCAUUCCAUCAACGGAAAAUCUGAUUUGUGGAGGGAAUGAGUUUGACUGUGGACAUUCUGUAUGCAUCAAUGGAUCUUGGCGGUGUGAUUAUCAGACAGACUGUAUUAAUGGAAGCGAUGAAGUCAAUUGCAGUAAUCCUGUUUCCACAUCUACUCCUGUUGAUCAGCAAAGUACGACUCAAGGAGAAGUUACACCUCAAGUUUCCCCGUCUACACCUGUAGUUGAUCAGCAAAGUACAACUCAAGGACAAGGCACACCGCAAGGUUCCCCGUCUACUGCUGUUGUUGAUCAGCAAAGUACGACUCAAGGAGAAGUCACAACAAAAGUUAGUAAUCAGCAAAGUACAACAACUCAAGGAAAAACCACAACCGAAGACCUUUCAUGCCCUUCGGGAACCUUUGACUGUGGCGAGUUCGUCUGCAUUACUGAUUUAUGGCAUUGCAACGGCUUCCCGGACUGUAAUGAUGGCAGGGAUGAGCAAAAUUGCGUUGGCUGUCGCAAUUUCUGUUUCCUUGAUGGAUCUCGAGGAGGUUGCUGGUGUGACGGUGCGUGCGAGAUCUAUGGAGAUUGCUGUGAAGACUACUAUAUCUAUUGCAUGCUUCCAGAUUACCCCACGGAACCACCACCAGAGGUUGACGAAUGCGACGUGUUUGAACCUCUUCACAACUGUGACGAGCAUGCGUACUGUGUUGACACUGCUGAGAGUUUUUACUGUAUUUGUAACGUGGGUUAUCAGGGGAAUGGUUCAUCGUGCGUAGAUGUUGAGCCUCCAGAUAUAGCCUGCCUGGCUAACCUAACUGUUUACACGGACUGCCUCAAGAACUACGCAACUGUUGCACUGCCAGAUGUAGACGCGGUGUUCGACAACUCUGGAUCCUACAUUAUCAGCAUUGACGUGAAAGGUUCUCUAUUCGGCGUUGGGGACAUCGUCACAUUCGAUCUUGUGACAGGGUCACAUUUGGUGCGAUAUACAGCAACUGACGACUCACUGAAUAGUGAAAGUUGUGAUUUGCUUGUCUAUAUUGCCUCAGUGAGUGACGGUACUUUUUGUUCAGCGACUGGGAACCCGACCAACUGCAUAUGUUCAUCCAAUCAGCAAGGCCUUUGUACCUGUUCCUCUGGAUACUGUGGGCACGAUUGCUCACAGAGCGAUGUUGGAAUAGAGUGCACUGGUCCAGGGACACCUUUCCCCAACUGUAACGGUGUUAAUGAGUGCAACACACGUUUCACUGGUCCGCAGUGCAAUGAACCUAGCAGCACAACAAACUGCCCAAAGGUUGACAACAGGUGUCUCAAGCAGGGAGUGGCCACAGCGUUGGUCACGUGGACCCAAGUUGCUGCUGUCGAGCCAUCUGGUCAACCAAUCUUUCCAUCUGACAUCAUCUGCGAGGAAAUCACCACCGGAGCCACUGUCACCCUGGCAGGUGGCUUUUUUGGGAAAGGGAAGCAGGAGGUUGUCUGCUCUUCGCAUACGCAAAGCGGCGUUGUCCCCCAAUGCUUAAUCUCCUUUACCGUUUCAUCGGAUCCGUCUCUGGACGUUCCGUCUUUAGGCGAUCAGUGCACCGAUCCAGGGAAAUUGACUUCUACGGUGACCUGGAACGUUGUUCCCAACACCGCUGAGGACGAUAUAGUUGUUAUCUGUGAAGACUCUGGAGAUGGAACGGAUGUUGGACCUUCGGGAGGUGUAUUCAGACCAGGAGCCCAUACCAUCACGUGUACUGCUACUAAUUCCGCAGGAUGUGGAACAUCACAGACAUUUGGAUUCGAUGUCACGGUCGGCACCCUUAUUCCAUUUGGAAUGGAAGUCGGGGAUUCUCUCCUGUCACAAUCGAAACAAAAGCAGCAAAUGAAGGAUUUGGUAUCGCCAACCAUUUAUCCACCGAAUUUCUUUCCCUUCUGUGAUGAGCUGUACGAAAAGCUCUAUUUCAGUGACAAUGGUGUGAUAGUUCUAUCCAAUGACAAGAAGCUCGAUAAACUAGCGUUUCCCAGUGCCAAAGGUUCAGAGUUUCCCAGCGGAUUUAACAUGAUAGCUCCGUUCUGGGCGGACGUUAGAGCUGAUGCGUUUACUCCUGAAAAGAAUGUUUUCUGGCAGGUGUAUGAUCAGUACGAUUCCAGCACCAACCAAGAUAUGUUGAACACCAUCAAAGCUAUUAUUGGGGUUGAAGAAAAUGCAUUGAGGGCGUAUUGGGCACUUGUUAUCACGUGGAGUAAUGUUCAACCAGUUUCACUUCUCGCAUCUGGAACCAACACAUUCCAAGUCUUGCUGCUGACCGAUUCCAUCCAUAGCUACGUGGUAUUCAACUACGAUCCUUGCAACAUGAAUUGGGACACUGCCUUCUUACCCAACAAAAACGUCAUCCUGGGUUACACCUGCGGGAUGUCCAAAGAGAGUGUUUACCUGGAUGUACCCAAAAAUUCACUCUUCCGUCCUGGCAGCAUCGUUGGAAAUUCAGGACAAAAAGGCCGCUGGGUGUUCCAACUUGACAACCACCUUGAUGACUUUGUCAACCCACGUCUUUCCUGCCGCAACUGGCACAGUCGUCAGGCACCCUACCCAAUCUUCGAGGUGUACUAUCCUCCGUUCGCUAACACGUGCCCUUGUAGUUUGAUCAUGGCUUGGUUCGACUGGCGCUUCUUGUGGAUGUGGCAUGACUAUUAUAUCCCACAAGGAGAAGUCUGGGAAUACUUUCAAGACAGUUCUGUUGUGUGCUUCGUGCGACUUUUCCAAGCGCCGGGAACUCCUGGUCCACAGUGCUGCUACAAGCAAUCAACCGGUGAUCUUCUCUACGAUAUUAGGAAUCCAAAAGUUGCUUCUGUCUUCGAGAGGUUUCCUUUUAGCCCGAUAUUCUACACCCCUGACGUGUUUCAAAAGUGGUAUGACGAAGAAGUCCUUUCACGCUACUACUGCUGUGAGAAGUCGACUUUGUGUCAUCUUUACACUGAAACACGUCCUCUCAUGAGCUGCUCUCGUUAUGUACCGACAUUCUGGGGCUGGUUCUGGGGAGACCCACAUGUGAAAACUCUUGAUGGCCUAGACUAUACCUUCAAUGGCCUAGGAGAGUAUACACUUGUCCUCAUUGAAGACGUAGACAGAGGCGAAAAACUGUUCGAGCUACAAGGUCGAACGCAGAGGGCGUAUGAUCCCAAAACGGAGGAAUUAACUGAUGCAACCGUGUACAGUGGGUUUGCUGCGUUGGACAGUGUUGGUGAUUCACGGGUUGAAAUCAAGGUGAACAGCGAUGCUACAGAUCUGAUAACAACGGUCAACGGAUUGGUGGUCCAACCAACAAUAUCCGGAUUGAUGCUCGAGGGCGUGACUGUUAAGAGGGAGGAGAACCCUCCUAAGGUCGUGGCAAUAUUCACCUCUGAUAUCCAGUUCUCUGUUGGAGUGAACAACAGUUUUGUUGACGUCACCGUCCAGCUAAGCCAGGACCAUAGGGGAAAAACAAAAGGAUUGCUUGGUGUGUGGGAUGGUAACAAAACUAACGAUGUACUUAGGCGUGAUGGUACCUACCAAGAAGCCACCGGUGCUGAUGGAGAGAUGCUUGACGGGAACUACUUUGAAUUCGGCGAAACCUGGCGCGUCUCCGUUAAUGACUCCUUAUUCUACUACGUACCUCCCGAGGAGAGCUGGGAGAAAAUCAAUGACCUGUCAUUCCGACCCAAGUUCCUGGAGGAACUGCUUGCCAGCGUGGAUGAGGACCAACGACAGAAGAUUAAGGAAGCUUGUGGUGACAGUAAAGAGUGCCAGUACGACUCGCUGACAAUGAAUGACACAGACAUUGGAAUGGCCACCUUGCAACUCAAUGAAAAGAACACCGCUGAUUUGGAAUCAGCUACCAAUUACCCGCCGAAGCUGACGCAGAUCGAAAGCAUAAAGGUCACCGUUGGACAGAACUUCUCGCUGCAGAUAGAUGCUUCUGAUCCAGAUGGGGACGACGUUGCAUUCCAUUUGCUGGAGAAGGUUGACGGGGCAGCAAUUACGGUUGAAGAUGGAAUUUUUACCUGGACUCCUGUUGACAAGUCAAAGGUCAAGGUUGGUUUCCUAGCAACAGAUGGUAAGUCCAAUGCUACAGUCGAGCCGAUAGUGAAUCUCUGUGAUUGCCGAAAUGGCGGAACGUGCCUGUUGGAUCAGUAUGCUGACGGUACCAAUCUCAUUCAAGACCGCUUUGGUGUGUUACUGUGUCAGUGCGAGCCGGGAUGGACAGGUGAAUUUUGUGAAGUAGACUACGACGCAUGCGCCGACAGCCCAUGUUUCCUUGGUGUAGAGUGUCUGGACGAGAAGCCGCCAUUUUUGAACAGCACCUGUGGGCCUUGUCCAGAGGGAUUGGAGGGAGACGGAAAAAGCUGCACUGAUGUUGAUGAGUGCAAGUUGUACGUAGACGAACCAGCUAGUGGUGGAGGACGCGGAUGUGACCAUAUCUGUGAGAACCUCCUACAGGGGUUCAAGUGCAGCUGCAAUACCGGGUAUUAUUUGCUCGACGAUGGGAAGACUUGUCGAGAGUUGUCCAACUCAAGUUGCGUGAACGGAGGGGAAUAUGAUGCACAACACCAAGAAUGUUCUUGUCCCUUGACGCAUUCUGGGCCAAUAUGUGCAGACGUCAACCCUUGUUCGGCUAACAACAGUCUGUGUGCGGAAACAGGGUGGCAUUGCUUGCCAGAUUCAAACGAAGAUGGCUAUGCAUGCCACUGUCGCGACUUCGAGGGAUAUUCCCAAAUCAGCAAUGGCUCGUGUAAAUGGUAUCCGUCGAUUGGAAUUAGGAUAACCACGUAUUUGGAAUUUGUCAAAGCCUACCUCAAUCCCACCAGCAGCGCAUUCAAAAACACAGCGGGGGUGUUCCAACGGGCGAUAAUGAACAAGAUUCGAGAAUCCGAGACCUCAAGUAACGCGACAUCUGUUCACGUGACCAAAAUGGAAUCGGGCAGUUUGGUUGUUACUGCGGUAAUAUCAUUCCCUGAAAAUGUAGCGCCCUCUGCAGAGGAAAUGAAGAGAGUGCUAUCGAGUAGUGAUACCUUGACUGACGGCAAUAUAACCAUUUUUAUCGAUCCCGACUCCAUUCUCGCGCAAGAGGUAUUACCAGCUUGCCCGGCAACUCAUUGCUACAAUGGCGGGACCUGUGAAAGACCUACUUUCUCUCCAUGGUUUGCUUGCAGAUGCUCAGCCGAAUAUACAGGAGAAAAGUGUGAGACUCUACUUGGGCCGGUUGACAGUGGAGGUUUGUCUACCGCUGUCUUGGUAGUUAUAAUCGUAAGCUCCCUUGGCCUGGUUAUUGUGAUGGCUGUACUCUUCUACCUGGUGAUUCGAAAAAAGAAUAAAGUAGAGCCUGACCCCAGCUACAGACAGGGGAUGUAUAGUCACAAUGACAAUGACGAUGACACCAUGGUGGCUGUCGAAGGACAGGGGAUGCAAAUGAAGAGCAUGUACCAACACAGAUCCCCGUCACCAAAGUUUCACGGGGAAAUGCACGUGCGGAGGAUCUUCAUUCAGGAAGACGUCAAAGAGAUUUGAAAUGCAUACUUUCUACUGGAGACAGUGAUGCAGAUGGUUUAUGACAUGAUUUUCUACUUCCAUGCGAGCACUUCAUGAACACUUGCUAAUUGUAAUUUCUUUUGAGGCACCUAGGCUAAAUUUGAUUCUAUCUAAUAUUACUGGCAUCAUCAUAAAGUGAUGAUAACCAUAAUAUUGAUCAUCUUUGUAUCGUGUAGUCAUGGGUGUCCUUUUUCAGGAGGCAAAGCACUAUUCCAGAGGAGAAAUUUCCAGGGGGAAGUAUUGCAAGGGUGAGCAACGAACUGAUAAAGUGUUACAGUGAAAAGGGUUGUGUCCGUCCAGCAUUAUUAGUUUUUGCCAUGUAUAUUUGCAGUUGUGACUAGUUUAAUGGCUCUCGAUAAACUGUUUUGUGAGAUUUUCACAAGCGUAGUGUAGUACAUUUAAUUUACACCACUUAUUUUCUAACAAUCAAUUCCCUGCAGUUGUUUAAAUCAUAUUUGGAUUAUAAUUUUUCCAUCCUUGUCUUUUAACACAAUACCGAUAGAAAAUUUUACGAGCUUGAGAUGUACUUUUAUUUUUCAAAUUAUCAUAAUAUUUGACAUCUCAGUGCCUUCAUACGCCUUAGUGGCUGGUCUUAAUUACAGAGUAAGGCAUGACGUCACAUUAUGUAUAUACGCUGUUUAACGUUAGGUGCUUGGACAAGUACUCAGACUUCUUUGGUUUAUUUUGUUCGGUAACUGGAUGAUUGAUGUGAUAUCAAUGAGUUAUGCUUUGUUUGUUUGCUUGUGUAAAAGCAAAAAUUCUUGAUACAUUACAAGGCUUCACUCUGCGUGCCGGUGUUUGUUUUAAAGCACAUUUUUUCGUAUAACCCGCUUGUUAUUUCUUUUGAAAAAGCACACAGGUCUUAGUUUAAUCUGCUGACUUAGUAGCCAUAUUUCAAAAAUAUGGACGUCAAGCAUCCAUUCAAGAUCAGAGUUUCGCCCAAAACAAUAACAUCAAACAAAAAUGACAAAUUAUAGCAAUUAUGCUUUUUUUUAAAUGUCCCAUUUCCAACAAAAUUCCAACUUCGAAUGUUUUUGCAUUGCUUUCAAUCUAUUUAAUCAUCACGAGCAUUCACACAGAUUGAGGAAUAUCAAACGCAAAACGACCCAAUAAAGGAUUACUUAAGCUGA